GACCAUCCUGCCAAUAGGGUCUCACGCGGGGGGCUAGAUGUGAUGUACUCGUGUGCAACACAACACCGCCCAUCUCGUUGCUGUCCGCCUGCCCUGCACUGCUGUUUACGUCGGAAGGGGAGAAUAUGCCGGUGGCUUCUGCUGUUCGAAAGGUGGCGAUUGUAGGACAUACACAGCUAUUGGGCGCGCGACAUCGCGCGACAACAACAUCGGCGUUGCCUAGGCGUCAAUGUUGCGGUGGUAGUGGAACGCGUUCGGCAUCUACGAAAGUCCCAGCACAACCUCCACCCACCGGCGCUCCCAAGCCGACGAAGCCGACAAGAGCCUCCAUUUUUUCGAUGUACAACUCCCUGCUGGAGUCCCGACCUCUGGCGACCAAAGCGGUUACCUCCGGAGCAAUCGCGUUUGCCGGAGACGUGUCCUGCCAGCUGCUAGCGUUAGAGGUGGCGAAAAGAGAAGAGGAGCAUUCAUCGGCGCAACACGUCGACGAUCACGAGCAACACGAGCCGUUUGGCGAUGGAGGGGCAACGAGUGUCGCAAGCGAGAUCGACUGGGGCCGCACAUUGCGAUUCACGUUCGUAGGGGCGGCCGUUGUGGCCCCCGCGCUACAUGCGUGGUACGGGUUCUUGAUCCGAAGACUACCGGGCACCGCACCGGCUACGGUCGUCAAGAGGGUAGCUCUCGACCAGCUGCUGUUCGCGCCGGUGUUUCUGGCCGUGUUUUUGUCGACGGUGAUGCUCUUGGACGGUAACGCGGCUAAGAUCGACCGUAAGCUCCGAGCUGACUACCCCACAACUGUGGUCAGCAACUGGGGGUACUGGAUACCCGCCCAGGUCAUCAACUUCCGCUUCGUCGCACCUGUGUACCAGGUCUUGUACGCGAACUUCGUUGGUUUCUUCUGGAACAUUUACCUAUCCUACCAGUCCAACAAGGCAGUGCUCAAGGACAUGGAGCAUCCCGCAGCGGUAGACGUCACUUCUUCGCACAAGUGAAGAGUAGCGAUGCAGCUCUCGGCCCGCUGCUGCAUUUCGUGUGCGUGUCGUCGCCGUGCUGUAGUGUGAAGAUGACUAAUGCCGUUGUCGUUCGUGUGGCAUACCAUACUGCCGUGUGUCACUUCCACCAGGCAUGUAAUAAUGAAAUUUUCGGGUGAUUUUGUCUACCGGACUAUCGAUGGUGAUCAACCGUGUUCGGAACCCCUGUGUUGAUCCAAUGCUUGUUUUAGCCCGUUUUGUUGUGGCGCGUUCAGUUCUCCAGCCCGUUUACAGUAGUAGCCGUCGAUUUAAGAUGCGCAAUCUGUGCCUUACUGAAAGACAUGGUGCGCUCAUCGGCAUCAAAUUUGCUUUGCUUUGUUCUGAGUUGGCCAGUCUUGGGCGGGUCGGCUUGCGUGUUUGGUGACAAAUUAAUUUUUGGGUACGUUUUGAACUUUUAGAGGCAGCUGGAGGUGAUGUAUGGAUUUGAGACCGAGUUUCCAGUCGUGAAAGUGAUGGGUGUAGGGGUGACCUUUGUUGCAUACGGGAGAUGACCAGUUGGCGAUCACAGUUUUGCUGCAACUUGAAAGUUUGAUCAGUCUUUUUCCCGUGUUUUGCGCGAAACACUCACAACUAGUGCCCACACCGCCCGAAGCAAUGGAAGCUUGAACUGCAGUGUAGGAUGACACAUGGCGAGUGCCAUGGACUGCUGUUGCCCUCUAGAUAUAACGAACUGGUCUGCCGUUGUGGCAGGGGGGUGUUUCGCUCGUUGGCUGGCACGCACAGUCCAGUGCGGUCGAAUGUUUUGACGUUUGGCUCUGUCUGGUGCGUGUCCGUUGUGCCCCUUCCAAUGUUUUUUUGUCGAUCCUUCGGGGACGCAGUACGCAGCGCAGUUGGACUGCACGUAUUCUUUUAUGACGUCCUCGUUUCAAUAGUGCGUUUCGGUAGCGUUUCGACGACGUUUCGACGAACGGUUGCGGCGCGAAAAGAUCCGUUGCGGUGUGUGUAGACGAGUGCUUGAGCUAUUGAGGCUCUAGGUGCAUGGGGAGAGAAUGUUUUCCGUGGUCAAUGACGUGAGGUUCUCUGGUGCGGAGGACCACGAUUUUGUCGCUCAAUAACUUAUCUUGUUGGGCAUGUGGCGAACGUUUCAGCUGUUGCCUUUGACCUGACCUUGGUCAUGUUUAGGCCCAGACUUGGGCUCGUGUUUGCUCUGAAGAAGGGGACAAACGCGUGCCGUACACGGGCCGUACGAAGACCAUCCAAUGAUGCGAAUCGCUCGUGAGUGGUAAACGCUUCAAGGAACAUCUCUUUCGCUAUGAAGGCCGGCGAAUUUCGCUCGGCGAUACAUGAGCCAAACCUUUCAGGUUCU